AUGUCAGGUGAAUCGGCAGCUGUCCCUGCAGGGGUGAAGGAUCAUUGGCUUGGUAACGUUUGGCCGAAAAUUCGCGAAGGCUACGUGGAUGAAGAAUUCUUCAACUGCGACGAAACCGAGCUAUUUUACAAACUCACUCCUGACAAAACUUUCAAGUUUUUGGGCGAGAAAUGCUCUGGUGGAAAACACUCGAAAGACCGUGUCACCGUUCUAGUUGCGGCUAAUUUGACAGGGAGUGUUAAAAAAAAGUUAGUGGUCAUCGGAAAAUCAAAAAACCCGCGGUGUUUCAAAAACGUUAAGAACCUACCAGUGCAAUAUGAACAAAACACAAGGUCAUGGAUGACAUCCCAGUUGUUUGAAAAACUUUUGCGCGAGUGGGAUGGAGAGCUAAGAAGGGAAAACAAGAAAAUUUUACUCUUAGUUGAUAAUUGCCCAGCACAUACUCAUGUGGCAUCUCUAAAAUGCAUAAAAUUAGUUUUCCUGCCAGAAAACACUACAUCUGUGCUUCAACCAAUGGACCAAGGGGUCAUAAAGGAACUAAAAGUUAACUUCAGGAAGCUAUUGGUAUUGAAAAUGAUCGACAAUAUUGAAAAAAAUAUUGAACAUAACGUUAAUUUGCUACAAGCAAUAGUAAUGGUCUCAAAAGCUUGGGAUAGAGUGGACGGUGACACAAUAAGAAAUUGUUUCCGUCAUGGAGGAUUUCUUAGCUCUGAUAACUCAGAAUCCAAUUCAACGUCGAAUACCGAAAAUCUGGCGGAUUGGGCAGAAAAUAUUGAUUUACCUCCCAAAAUGGGGAUAAAUAUCGAUUUUAAUCAAUAUGCUGCUGUCGAUGAAAACAUCGAAACAUCGUCAGAGCUAACUGACGUCGAGAUAAUAGCAUCAGCUUCUCACUCAAAUGAAAAUCAUUCCCCAGAAGAAGAUGAAGCGGAAGAUUCAACGUCAUCAGCGGAAUUUCUUCCUCCUUCGGCUAGCUCUGCAAUGAAGGCGAUUUUUUUUCUUUUGAGGAAGAGCCAAAGCCACACGUCAAAGAUGCUCUGA